AGACUUUGAUAAUUCAUAUAAGCAGAAGUGAGAAUAUGCUCAACUUCACAGAUGUGACUGAAUUUGUCCUUUUGGGCUUAACCAGAAGAAAAGAACUGCAAGUUCUUUUCUUUGUCAUCUUUCUCAUGGUCUACAUAGUUACCAUGGUGGGCAACAUUGGCAUGAUGAUAUUAAUUAAGAUCAGUCCACAGCUCAGCAGCCCAAUGUACUUUUUCUUAAGCCAUUUGUCAUUUAUUGAUGUGUGGUUUUCUUCAAACGUCACUCCUAAAAUGCUGGAAAACUUGCUGUCAAAGACAAAAACAAUUUCUUAUUCUGGCUGCUUAGUACAGUGCUUCUUCUUCAUUGCCCUUGUUCAUGUGGAAAUCUUCAUUCUUUCUGUGAUGGCCUUUGACAGGUACAUGGCAAUUGGAAAGCCUCUGCUCUAUGGUAGCAAAAUGUCCAGGGUGGUUUGCAUCCGACUUAUUUCUUUCCCCUACAUAUAUGGGUUUCUGACUAGUCUGGCUGCCACCUUAUGGACUUAUGGCUUGUACUUCUGUGGGAAAACUGAGAUCAACCACUUCUACUGUGCAGACCCACCCCUCAUCAAGAUGGCCUGUGCAGGGACCUUUGUGAAAGAAUAUACAAUGCUAUUUCUUGCAGGCAUUAACUUCACAUAUUCCUUGAUAAUUGUCAUCAUCUCCUACCUGUUCAUUCUCAUUGCCAUUCUCAGAAUGCGUUCAGCAGAAGGUAGGCGCAAGGCAUUUUCCACCUGUGGGUCUCACCUCACAGCAGUUGGCAUAUUUUAUGGCACUCUCAUCUUCAUGUACCUCAGAAGACCCACUGAGGAGUCAGUGGAGCAAGGGAAGAUGGUGGCUGUGUUCUACACCACAGUGAUCCCCAUGUUGAAUCCCAUGAUCUACAGUCUGAGGAACAAGGAUGUCAAGGAAGCCAUGGACAAAAUAAUUACCAAGAAAUUCUUAACAAAAUAAAUAAAAUAUUUCCUGUUUUGUUUUCUAUUGUUUGUCAGGAAAAAAAUGGUACUAUGUCAAGGAUAAGAAUAGGAAUGUUAAAAUUCUUCAUGGGUAGGGAGAAUAAAAUAAGGCAAACAAGUUAAAGUGUAACAAUAUGAAUUGUGAAUUGUUGAUGAAUACAUUGAAAAUUGGUUCCAAUGGAUAAAAUACAUGUAAUGACUCUACUUGGAACUCUUAGGCAGGUAGGUUAAAUAUUAAUAUGCUUAAAUAAUAAUGUGUAAUACAUUAUUUCUUAUUUAAAUUUGUAUUAGGUAAGUCUCUGAGGAUUUUUUUUUUUAGAUUUAGAAAUUGAUUUGGGCAGAUAUGAGAUAGCAUAUUUAAGUUAUGUUCCUAAGUGAGAACAGGAGUAAUUUUGUCUUAUGCUUAUUGGCUUGUUUUCCUUCACAGUUUUUUUUUCUAAAGUUAGGGUAAGGUUCAUUUAAUUAGUAUAAUUUUAAAAUUAAGACCAUGACCUGUCUAAUGCUUUCUCAGAUAUUUUUAGACACAGUACUUUUCUAUACUUCCAAUUUUAAAAUUCAUGAGAUCAUAUAUUUCUUUUCUCAAGUCUCUUUGUUCUAUCUAUAUUCAGAUUGAUAAAAAGGCAGGUAGUAGUUGACAGUGGAUAUGUACUUGUAUAAUAUAUGUCCUUUUGAAUUAACUUAGUAAAUUAAGCUGGCAUUCUAGACUGUUUAGUCAGUCUCUGGUACUAACUUAAGUUUUGCACUUGAAUUUGAAAAAAAAUAUUCAAAAUUAUUUAUGUUUUAAAAAUUGUAUUGGAAUCUGUAAAGCAAAUUUAACACAGAAUUGUAUAUUUCAUAUUGUUCACUUAAAUAAUACAAGCAUGUGAAGAUAAUUUAACAACUUACUUUAUUAAAAUUUAUGUUCUUUAAAAACAGCUUUAUGGUAUAAAAAUACACAGAUAAACAAGUGUAAAUUAUAUUGCAUAUUUUCUUCUUUUCAGUUUUUUCUUGAGCUAUUACAUAUUAUGUCAUAAUUUAUUGGUGCAAAUGUGUUCAUACAAUAAACUUUAUUUAUAAUAAGCAUGAAGAAGUUUAAGACAUUUCAGUUUUGGAUGUUGAAGGUUGCAGAGGAAAAAACUGCCUAAGUACAUUUCUUUCUUUAGCUUAGGAGACAAGACUGACAUAGAAUAUAGUUAAAAGUUCAUGAAGAGCAUUAAUUUUUCAGCUUGUUAUCUGCUUAAACUGGGCUUAACGAUAUUCCCUCAUAGUUAUUUUAUAUAUUCAUAUUUUUCUCAAAUUUCAGGAUAUACUAGACAUAGUCCUAUAAAGGAACUUAGAUAUUGAAAUCUGUUAAAGUGAGAUUAUGUUUUUCAUUCUUCAUAUGUAAUUAAUGUUGAAAGAGAUGGAUAGUCAGAUAGAUUGAGAUCAUCACAAAUUGACUAUGAAAAAAUUUUAAGUUCUUUAUAUAUUAAAAUUGUAUAAAAGGAUAUUUUUUGCACCAUUUCAUAUACUUUAUUAGAACUGUAGUUUUGAUUACUGAUGUGCUUCACCUAAUAGUUCCUUUCCUAAUUUACUGGAUACUUGUAGUUCUGUCCAUUUACCCAAAUUCUUUCAAGUGACUUCAUACUUUGGAUCUGUAUUUGACAUCUGAAAUUGACACAAAAAUAUAUCUAGCAUGCAUUGUUGAAAUCAUUUACCUUCACACACUAUGCUUUUCAGAGUAGUUACAUAGAAAGAUGGACAUCCAUCCAUAAUUGCCAUUUUAUGAAGGAAAGUGGACAGAAGCAUGUGCCAGUGGGAGACAAACAGGAUGAUGUCAAGAAUAUAGAUGUCUCAGCUUUCAGAACAGUUAUUCUAACAAGUCUACUCCACUUCUACCCAGGAGACAUUGCUAGUAUUUCAGUCAUCAUUUCUUUCAUAAUUAUUUUAGUAGUACCUUUGGGAGAUUAUCUCAGUGUUCUUAAUGAGCAAGACUAUAGAAUAAAUCUUGAGAAAUUAUAAUUUUCUUUUCUCUUUCUCUGUCAAGGUAGGUCAGUGUGUUUUGGGAUAGUUGAAGUAGAGAUUGUAACAUUUGGAUGUAGGAAUUGUAGGUGAAACCUUGCAAAGAAAAUUAGUACAUCUUCAUGGACUUAUUUGUUAUUAAAGGAAUUUUUUGGGCUGCUUAUUUUGUUUUAUUAUUUAUUUUGUUUUAGUGGGAUUUUUUUAGACAGGGUUUCUCUGUGUAGCCCUGGCUGUCUUGGAACUCACUCUGUAGACCAGACUGGCCUCAAACUCAGAAAUCUGCCUGCUUCUGCCUCCCAAGUGCUGGUAUUAAAGGCAUGCACCACCACUGUGCGGCUUGUUUUAAAAUAUACAAGAAUGGAUUUGGGUAUAUUUUUAAAACAAAAUUGGAAUAAGUAAUUCAAUAAUGUACAAUUUGUUGUUUAUCUUUAUGAAAAAAUUAAAUGUUAAUUCAAGAAAUUUUUCUUUUCUGUAAACUAUAGACUCUAUUGUUUUUCUAGAUGAUACUCAUUUCUGUAAUAAAGCAUUG